AUGGUUGACAUGAAAUUGUUGUUUUUUAUCUUGGCGGUGUUACUCUUGUUGAUUUGCUUUCUCCUCCACUUCAUGAAAUCUUCCUGCUUCAACGUCUCAUUCAUCUUUUCCUUAUUCAAGCAGUCCCAUAACCAAUCAGGGUAUUCGCUAUCUUCAAGAGCUACUGGUUCAUCACCACUUUUUUUCACUUUUAAAUUCAAAACCGUUCCAGCUUUACACGAGGAUUGCAUAGCCAAGGCAGACGAGUGCAAUCUCGCUACAUGGGUCCGGACAGCUAACCUCAACAUGCUGAAUAGUCCAAAAAUUGAAUGUGAGAAAUUUCAAUGUCGCAUACUGCAUGCUACUUCAUGUCGGGAUUUGAAAAAAUUUGAAUCUCAGCGUAAACCCUAUAUAAAAUAUGCCACCAAAAAAGAAGGGAGUUAUCGAAAAGCCCAUUUUGUUGGGAAGACCAGGAAACAACUUGAAGUCUGGAAUUGUUGGAUUGGCAAAUGUGGGAAAGUCUACAUUCUUCCAGGCCAUCACCAGAUGUCCAUUGGGUAA